AUGUCGUGGGAAUCAAUCGCCGAGAAGAAGCGCGCGGCGCUCAGGGACUCGAUUCCCUCGCAAUGGAUCAUCCCGUCCGAUAUCUUGCCUCCCGGCGAUCAGGCCGAUGUGACCACGUUCCCUAAGGAAUCGGGAUUCUUCACAGAGCACGAACUCGAGAUUACAUCGACAAAUGCGGCGGAUAUCCUGGGAAAGGUGGCGAGCAAGGAGUGGACGGCUGUCGAGGUUGCCGAAGCGUUCUGCAAGACUGCGGCGGUUGCGCAUCAACUGACAAACUGCCUCUCCGAGACCCUCUUCACCAGCGCAAUCCAACAAGCCCGCGACCUAGACACCUACCUCGCAACCCACGGGACGACCAAAGGCCCCUUCCACGGCCUCCCCAUCUCGAUAAAGGACAACUUUAACAUCACCGGCGUCGACUCGACCGUCGGCUUCGCCUCGCUUGUAAACGAUCCGGCAACGUACAACAGCACGCUGAUCGACCUGCUUCUGGGUGCCGGCGCGGUGCUGUACUGCAAGACGAAUGUGCCCACGGCAAUGAUGAUCGCUGAAUCCGUGAACAACGUCUUUGGGCGCACGGUUAAUCCGCGGAAUCGGAAGUUGACCUCGGGCGGCUCGUCGGGGGGUGAGGCGGCGCUUAUUGCGUUUGGGGGAAGUCGCAUUGGGGUUGGGACGGAUAUUGGCGGCUCCCUCCGCAUCCCCGCGGCCUGCACAGGAAUCUACACAAUCCGCCCCUCCUUUGGGCGCUUCCCAAACUCCAUGACACGCUCAGGUCUCGCGGGACAGGAAGCCGUACUGAGCGUCAACGGACCCAUGGCCACAACCCUCGACGAGGUCAUCCUGUGGGCGUCCACAGUCGUCGGACAAGAACCCUGGCUCACGGACCCAAAGUGUCUUCCUAUCCCCUGGCGCACCAUCACCCCAAAACCGAAACUGAGAUUCGGCGUGCUCUACAACGACGGAAUCGUCACGCCCACACCACCCGUGGUCCGCGCAUUGAACGAGACAGUCGCGAAACUAAAGCGCGCAGGCCACGAGGUUGUUACGUGGGCGCCGACGGAGCACAAAGAGCUCCUCCAGACACUCUCGCGCAUGUUCGUUGCGGACGGUGGGAAAUCCGUGCGGAAGCUGCUCGAGCCUACGGGCGAGCCGUUUCGUCCGGAGAUGCGCAUGUAUGAGGAUGCUGAGGAUUGCGGCGUGUAUGAGAUGUGGCAGCUCCAGCUGAAGCGGAAUGAGCUUUGCAAGGCGUAUUUGGAUCGCUGGAAUCGAGCUGGGAUUGAUGCGAUUCUUUGCCCAACAACCCCCUACAGCACCGUCGAACACGGCAAAUUCGCCUACGUCGGCUACACGGGCGUCUUCAACGUCCUCGACUACCCAGCCGCCUCGUUCCCCUGCGGCGUGCUAACGGACAAGGAGGUGGACGGUGCCUACAUCGAGCACACGCCGCUGAGCGAUAUUGAUGCGCAGAUUCAGGGGGACUACUCGGCGGAAUCUGUCCACGGCAUGCCCGUCAACCUACAAUUAGUCGGGCGACGACUCGAGGAUGAGAAUGUGCUCGCCAUGACGGAUGUGAUCCUGAAGGCGAUUGCGUCUUCGUAG